AUGCCGGAUACCUACACCGCCAAACCACGUGGGUCACACCAACAUCUAAAGCAGAACAAAAGAUUACGAAAAUGCACCAGAGUGACGCUCUGGAAAGACAAUUGGGAGCUAGAGUCGGUUGGAAGAGCACUGGUGUCAGUUGUUGAUCCAACUGCUGCCACCGAUGCGGAGCAAGCCAUGUCCAUCGAAGAAGCGUUUGACACUGUUUCUGUUUGGAAGGCAAGGGCACAUUCUGGUGAAGGAUUGCCACAUGCCGUGGAAUCCACCUAUCACUUGGCCCAUGUAUACUGGAGAGAUCACCACAAUCAUUUGAAUUUGAACAAGAUUUCUACCACCGAACUUCGACUUAGCUAUUCUUCAGCAAUUGUGCGUACCAUCAAUGGUUUUGCUGACGUUCUGCAACAGCAAAGGUUCGUGGCAUCCAGUGUAUCCUUGCUGUGCUCCAAACUGGGCAUACCAGCCUGGGUUGUAGACAUAAGGCAUGAAUCAUCGCACAAUGCUUUGCCAUCUCUCGGCGUCCUUCGACUGGCUACUUCCACCCUCAUGGACUUCUUGAAAAGCGAAUAUUGGAUUCCAAUGUGCGACGAUUGGAACAUUGAAGAUGAAGUGGAGGUUCUGGAGUCCAAGUCUAUCACCGAAAACACUAUCGUCAAGACGACUACUGUGAAGAACGAGGAAGACAAGAAGCUGCCAAUAGACUAUUUGUUGGCAUAUAAGGCAUGCGCCACUUCGUUUUUCUCACUUGCAUCCACCGAUGACAAAACAUCAAAGAAGGGAGGAAAAAAAUCCGAUUCCAAGGAACAAACUGCAGAGUCAAAUCUUUCAUUCGAUCCUGUGUUCGGAGAUGAAGGUAGCGAUGAAGACGACUGGGACGAUCCUGUCCUUGGGGGUAUCAAUGGAAAAUACAUUGGUACCACCUCCAACAGGUUCUCUCUUCUCGAACUACCCAAAUCGAAAAAUAGCAAACAGAACAGUAAAUCCGACAAGAAGAAGAAGAAGAAAAAGAAGAGCAAUGACAAUAGUCGAGCAACCCCCAAGAAGAAGCCUGGUGAAAAAUAUCCCAUGGAUCAUGCCAAGGAUUUUGUCACUGCCGUCACCCCACAAGAGGGGUUUCCAGCCGCUAUCAUGUUCCUUGUUUACGGUGGGAUUGGUGGAUCUCCUCUGGGACGAGGAGUUCUCAUUCCAGGAUCUACUUCAGCCUUUCCAGCUACCGAAAACGGGGUUCUCAAGUCUUGGAAGCGAUACUCACCGCUCGUGCAAGUACUAGGUCGUGUUUGGCCUGGAUUCUGUACCUGCUUGCUGGUGAAUUUAGUCGAUUUUGUUUUGUGCAUUGAAGAAUCUAUGAUUGAGGAACAAGCCCAACGAAACAGUGAUGAGCCAUCGAUCGAUCCUGGCAGUGCUCGAAAACUCUUCUUCCUUUCGGCUUGGAUUCGUCUUCUCUUAUCUCAACAAUAUGUAUCCGCUGUCGACCCAACAUAUGUGGUACCCAAGGCCAGCAGCAAGAAGAAUGGAUCCAUCGAGUUGACACUAGCCGAGCUUUCAUUCAUACAAAAGUUGGGAUACCCCUUGAAUUCCAUUGCGGAUCGCUGCAGUGCGCAAAAUGGUGAUCCAGAUUUGCGAACGACGAGUCAAGAUAUACUCCAAAGUCUAGAAGAAAUACUUGGCGAGAAUCGAGUCCCGAGAUUUGGCCUGCUUAUUGCAUCACCUUCAACGGACCCAAGCCCAGUCGAAGGACCCUCUUUACCUUCUCACUUACAGCUGCCGACUGAUUCAAGUGAUCAUGAUGAAAAUAGCAGUGUCGCAUCUCAAGAAACCUGCACUAGCUUAGACGAUGGAAUGGAGGGGGCACGUCUACCUUCGUCAUACGAAACAACCGAAAAUCCAGUUGACGAGGUGGGUGAGAACGCAUCGGCGCUAGUUGAUGGUAUGUCAUUGGCUGAAAUGGAAGCACUGUUGUCGGAGCAACAAUCACCAGCAAGAGCAAUAGGAAUGGAAGAUGUGAACAAACAAGAAACAAAGCAUCCGGCAACACCGAAUAUCGUAUCACAGGAAAUGCCUUUCGGGGGCGAUACCACCAUGGGCGAUGCCUCAAAAAGACACGAACAACCAAAGAGAAUAGCAUGGACGAAGUGUUCAUCUUGGGAUUCCUGUUCCCUCGGAACACUUCCUGGUCAUCCAACCUAG